UCUGAACCAAUUUAUUUUUGGUCGAAACGCUCCGAACGGUUCAAAAUGUGGUGCGCGAACCAGAACGAAGCCCGUUUCCUGUUGCUGGAAAAGGGGUAAAAGUGUAGGAGGGGAACUGAGAGUGGCUAUGGAGAUGCUCAUUACCAAUUAUUAUGCAGAAAAGAUGAUGGAGAACAUGACAGCUGGCACGAGUAUAUUUGGCUGUCAGGCAAGAUACAAAGAAGCACGGGAGACGCGGAAGAACUCGCUAACCCCAGCGCACAAAUAUAUCCUUGAGAUUUUGGCUGACAGACUCUCCCUUGAGCUUGUAGUUGUUGAGGACUUCAUACUAGAUGCUCCAACUCUGAAGCCUUUUGAUGAAUUCUUUGCCAAAGAAGGGUCAAGAACAAUCUCAUUUGUCUAUCAGGAUUCUGAAGUGCCAGGAAUAGAAUGUGGCCGUUCAUUUCCUGGUAUAGCAAAAGGGGCAAAAGUAUUGCGUUUGUCAGUUGUGAAUUUGUCUGAGACAAGUCUGAAGGGAAUUUGUCUUUUUUUUGUACGAACCAAGACGGACGCUGCUGUCAAUCCAAAGAAUGUUCAUGAGGAGAUUUGUUUCUCCAUGUUAGAUGCUUCACAGGGUCUCCUGAAGGGGACUCAGAAUCUCUUUGCAAAGGUACUGAUGCCAGCCAUCAGUGCAACAGAGAAUUGGGGCAUCCUGAACAAGUCUAAACAUGGAGAGAGGGUCAAGCAGACCUUCAAAGAAACCAUCUCACAAUAUAUUAGUUUCCUGGAUGGCAUUCAAGUGAGUAUCGAGGGCACAGUUCAUCUUAAAGAACCCUCAGGAAUUGACUUCUCAAGGCUUGUCUCUUUUGAGGACAUAAGAGCAGCAGCUGCAGAUGUUGACAUGCUGCAUCAGCUUGAGGACGUUUUGAUGAUGUGGUGCAAACAGAUUGAACAGGUCCUCACAGAGAGUGAUCAAAUAAGGAAAGAGGCUGAUGCUUCAGGACCUUUAACAGAGUUGGAGCAUUGGAAGAGGAUGUCUGCCAAGUUCAGUUCCAUCAUUGAGCAUAUCAAAGGUCCUCAGUGUAAAGCAGUGCUUAGUGUUCUCAAUAUAAACGGCUCAAAGUUACUAAAGGAAUGGAGGGCAUUAGAUGCAAGAAUAACAGACUGUGCAAACGAGGCAAAGGACAAUGUGAAAUAUUUGUACACCCUAGAAAAAGUCUGCCAGCCUCUCUAUAACUGUGAUCCUGUUAGCAUGGCAGAGAGUGUCCAGAACCUCAUCAAUGCCAUUAGAAUGAUUCACAGCGUUUCCCAGUACUACAAUACAUCUGAACGAAUUACAUCGUUAUUUAUUAAAGUCACAAAUCAGAUGGUAACGGCAUGUAGAGCUUAUAUUACUGACAAUGGCACCUCUCGGAUUUGGGACCAGGACACAGAAGACAUCAUAAAGAAGAUACAGGAUUGCAUCUACCUUUUCCGAGAGUAUCAGUCUUGCUUCCACAAAACCAAGAAGCAAACUCUUGAGAAGCCUGGAGACAAGCCUUUUGAGGUGUCAGAAAUGUAUAUCUUUGGCAAGUUUGAGGGCUUCUGCAAGAGACUGGACAAGAUCACCCAGAUGAUCACAGCUGUUAAGAUGUUCUCUGUCCUUGGCAAGUCAACCAUAGAGGGGAUAGAUAAUCUAGCUGGAAAAUUUCAGAAUAUUUAUCUUACAAUGAAGAAAAAGCAGUAUGACAUACUGGCUCCCAGAAAAGCUGAAUUUGAAGUGGACUUUGCUGAGUUUAUGUCUCAAAUCCACAAUCUGGAGAAUCAGCUGCAGGCUUUCAUGGCUUCAUCUUUCUCAAAGAUUCUCUCAUCUCAGCAGGCUCUAAAUCUCUUACAACGGUUCCAGAAACUGAAUCUGCCCUGUCUGCAGAUGGAAAUUUCCAACACGGUAGCGCUUAUUCUUCAGCACUAUGUCUCAGAGCUAGAAUCUGUCAAGAAGCUCUACCAAAAUCACAGAGAAGAUCCUCCUCUGGCCAGAAACAUGCCUCCCAUAGCUGGAAAAAUCCUCUGGGUCAGACAGUUGUUUAGGAGAAUAGAGGAGCCCAUUCAUUUUGUCGAGAAAAACUCCAAUAUCCUGUCAACUCCAGAGGGUAAAGAGGUGGUGAGAAUGUACAACAGAACAGCAGCUGUGUUUGUGGAAUUUGAGAUGCUUUACCACAGGGCUUGGAUGAGAGAGGUCUCUCAGUUACAAUAUGCUCUUCAGGCCACGUUGUUAGUUCGUCACCCAGACACAGGGAGGCUGCUCGUGAACUUUGAUCCUAAAAUAUCUGAGAUUGUGCGAGAGGCAAAAUGCAUGUUGAAGAUGGGUCUGGAGGUACCUGAGCCAGCUCUGCGUCUGGUCAAGACUGAAAAGUCCAUAAUAGCCUGUCGACUUCGCCUUGAGACAUGUCUAGCCACUUAUGAGGAAACCUGUCAGAACAUCCCUGGUGUGUUUUACAACUUAAUGGCAUCAAAGAUAAAAAAAGUUGAGUCUGAACUUCGCUAUGGGGUGGUGUUACUUACAUGGUCAUCCCUUGUAUUGGAUAAAUUCUUCAAUAAAGUUGACCAGGCUAUUUCUGAAUUGAACCAUCAUCUCAAGAAGGUGAGAGAUAUUUGUGAUAUGCGCAUUGAUACAGUACUUCAGGACAUCUCAGAGACUGUGCUAAUUGACCUACUUGAGGACAAACCUUCAUCUCUACAAGACCUGAUCAGCACCAACGAAAUCCAGUCCAAACAGUGGGCAGAAGUGCUAGACCAGAAGAGCAGACAUAUUGAGGAAGCUGUGAAAGAGCUCAUAGAAAUCUUCAGCUCCAUUUAUGAAUCAAAAGAUGCCAAGGAAUCUGCACAGGAACCUACUCCAGGUGCCAGGCGUGUUCUUUUCACUGAAGAUGUCCAUACAUCAAACGAUGAUGAUGGACUGCACGCAGAGUCAAAUGAUGCAGAGAAAGAGGACGAGUUUGAAAAGGAAUGCAUAGAGGUGUAUGCCUUUUUCAACACAAAACUUCUAGAUGCUCUGGUUAAAGCAACACGGUUGUCUCUAGACACUCUCAAAAGGAGAAUCUUUGUGUCCAAUGUACCGGGGGCCUCCAAAUCAGAUGAGCAUGUCACUUUUAUAACGACAGAGGCCCAUUUGACCAUACCCAAUGUGGUAAUGUUGCCCAGCUUGGAUGACAUUCAGUUGGCCAUUAAUCGCCUGGUUCAACUGGUGCUGGAGGUUAGUCGUGGUGUGGCUCGAUGGGGACAGGACUGUCACUGUGAUAAUGACAUCCAAGUGACUGCCUCGAAGCGGAAAAACUUCUACCACAGUGUUGCUGAGCACAAAGAUAUCGGUAAGAUAGUGAUGGUCCUAACCUCUGCAGUCAAUUCCCUGAGAAAACAGGCAAGCGAUGCCCUUAAGGAGUUCAACUCUUUCAAGCUGCUGUGGGCAGAUAAUCGUGACGUAACGGUCAAGGAAUUCAUGGAUAGCAACCCCCAUCUAAUGCAGAUUAAGUCUGAGAUUUUGCGAUACGUGGCAUUUGAACAAGAGAUUGAUGACAUUAAACCCACCAUCAUUUUAGGGUCCAUUGAGUUGUCAACAGUUCCUCUGAAAAUGUCUUUGACUGUGGAGGCCAAGGCGUGGAAAAAACUGGUCUGUAAGUAUUUAAAUGAGGAGUACAAGAAAAAAAUGAUGGAUAUCAUGACUUUUGUCACUGAGCACCUGAAAAAGCUCUCUCGACCCAUCACUGACCUGGAGGAUGUUCGAUUCGUCAUGGAAGCACUCUCCACAAUCCGAAACUCUGAGAUAAAGAUAGAUAUGACCCUGGGACCAAUUGAGGAAGCCUAUGGGAUUCUUAAUAGGUUUGAGGUGGAGGUGACCAAAGAGGAAGCUGAGUGUGCAGACACUUUGAGAUAUUCCUUCAUCAAACUGUUGUCUAAAGCAAGAUCAGUUCAGGAUGAAUUAGUCCGUUUGCAACCAAAGUUCAAAGAAAACCUUUUGGAAUCAGUCACCACUUUUCAGCAUGAUGUUUUGACCUUCGGUGAACAGUAUGAAAAGGAAGGCCCAAAUGUGCAGGGCAUUCCACCCCAAGAGGCAAGCACCCGGGUUCAGAUAUUUCAGGCCUCAUUUGAUGACCUCUGGAGGAAAUACAUCACAUAUUCUUCAGGAGAGCAGCUUUUUGGCCUGCCAGUCACAGAUUAUGAUGUUCUGCAGAAAACACGUAAAGAGCUUGGGCUUCUACAGAAGCUGUAUGGUCUCUAUGAUGCAGUGAUGAACAACAUCAGUGGAUAUUAUGACAUUCUCUGGACAGAGGUUGACAUUGAAAAGAUCAAUGCCGAACUAUUAGAUUUUCAGAACAGGUGUAGAAAGCUGCCGAAAGCGCUGAAGGACUGGCAAGCCUUCCUCGAUCUGAAGAAGAAAAUCGAUGACUUCAGUGAGUCUUGCCCUCUUUUGGAGAUGAUGGCUAACAAAGCCAUGAAGACAAGGCACUGGGAUCGUCUCACAGACCUUACAGGGCACAAAUUUGACAUUGACUCUGAUACUUUCACCCUUCAAAACAUCAUGGAGGCACCACUGCUAAAAUACAAGGAAGACAUAGAGGAUAUCUGCAUUUCAGCAGUGAAGGAGAAAGACAUUGAAGCCAAGUUGGCUCAAGUGGUGGAUGUCUGGUCCAGUCAGACUCUGAGUUUUAUGACCUUUAAAAACCGAGGAGAGUUGUUGCUGAAAGGGGCAGAGACAUCGGAGAUUGUCACUACUAUGGAGGAUAGUCUUAUGCUUCUUGGAUCACUUCUCAGCAAUCGAUACAAUGCUCCGUUCAAGAAAGAUAUCCAGAGCUGGGUGUUCAAACUGUCAACCUCAUCGGACAUCAUAGAGCAGUGGCUCAUUGUUCAAAACCUUUGGGUGUAUUUGGAGGCUGUGUUUGUUGGAGGAGACAUUGCUAAACAGUUGCCACAGGAAGCAAAACGUUUCCAGAACAUUGACAAAUCCUGGAUCAAAAUCAUGCAGCGUGCUCAUGAUAAUCCCAGUGUUGUGCAUUGCUGUGUUGGAGAUGAGACCAUGGGCCAAUUACUACCUCAUUUACAGGAACAGCUGGAGCUCUGUCAGAAGUCUCUUACAGGCUACCUUGAGAAAAAGAGGCUACAGUUUCCAAGAUUUUUCUUUGUGUCGGAUCCUGCACUCCUUGAAAUCCUCGGACAGGCCAGUGACUCUCACACAAUCCAGUCUCAUCUCCUGGGAGUGUUUGACAAUGUUAAUGAAGUCGAGUUCCAUGCCAAAGAUUAUGACAGGAUUCUGGCCGUUAUUUCUCAAGAGGGGGAGAAAGUCCCACUGGAUAACCCCGUGAUGGCGCGCGGCCCUGUGGAGCAGUGGCUCGGUGAGUUACUUGUGCAGCAGCAGGCCUCUCUGCACUCAGUCAUCAAAGCAGCUGACUUGCAGAUUAAUGACCCUGGAUUUCAACUCCUCACCUUCCUCACCCAGUUCCAGGCUCAGGUGGGCUUGUUAGGUAUUCAGAUGCUGUGGACUCGAGAUGCAGAGGAUGCUUUGCAUAGUGCCAGAGAUGACAGAAAAAUCAUGACCUUGACUAAUCAAAAGUUCCUGGAUAUCCUUAACACCCUCAUUUCACAAACAACACAUGACCUAACCAAGUUUGACCGUGUGAAGUUUGAGACUCUGGUCACAAUCCAUGUGCAUCAAAGAGAUAUUUUUGAUGACUUGGUGAGAAUGCAUGUCAGAUCAGUCAAUGACUUUGAAUGGCUGAAACAGAGCAGAUUUUACUACAAGGAGGAUUUGGAUCAGGUCAUUGUUUCUAUUACUGAUGUAGACUUCAUAUACCAGAAUGAGUUUUUGGGCUGCACAGACCGUUUGGUUAUCACUCCCCUAACUGACAGGUGCUACAUCACUCUCGCUCAAGCAUUAGGUAUGAGUAUGGGUGCAGCCCCAGCAGGACCAGCUGGGACUGGAAAAACUGAAACCACCAAAGAUAUGGGCCGUUGCUUAGGCAAGUAUGUGGUGGUCUUCAACUGCUCUGACCAGAUGGACUUCAGAGGACUUGGUAGAAUUUACAAAGGACUUGCUCAGUCUGGGUCAUGGGGCUGCUUCGAUGAGUUUAACAGAAUUGACCUGCCUGUGCUAUCAGUAGCUGCACAGCAGAUCUACAUUGUCUUAACUGCACGCAAAGAGCGCAAACACCAGUUCAUUUUCACUGAUGGAGACUGUGUGGAUCUGAACCCAGAAUUUGGACUUUUCAUCACUAUGAACCCUGGCUAUGCUGGCCGUCAGGAGCUCCCAGAGAACCUGAAGGUUCAGUUCAGGACUGUGUCCAUGAUGGUUCCUGACAGACAGAUUAUCAUGAGAGUGAAACUGGCCAGCUGUGGCUUCAUUGAGAAUGUCAUCUUGGCUCAGAAGUUCUUUGUCCUCUACAAACUUUGUGAGGAGCAACUGACCAAACAGGUUCACUAUGACUUUGGUCUGAGGAACAUCCUGUCAGUGCUGAGGACUCUGGGGGCUCAGAAACGGGCUCGACCGUCAGACACUGAAUCAAGCAUUGUGAUGAGAGUCCUGCGGGAUAUGAAUCUCUCCAAACUGGUGGACGAAGAUGAGCCGCUUUUUCUCAGUCUGAUCAGUGACCUGUUCCCUGGGAUCCAGCUGGAUGGCAGCACAUAUGCUGAGCUGCAGGCUGCUGUGGCCACUCAGGUGGAGAAAGCUGGCAUUGUGAACCACCCUCCUUGGAAUCUCAAACUCGUCCAGUUGUAUGAGGCAUCUUGUGUGCGUCAUGGCCUGAUGACGCUGGGUCCCAGUGGGGCAGGAAAGACCAUGGUUAUAAACAUCCUCAUGCGUGCUUUGACUGACUGUGGAGCCCCUCACAGAGAGAUGCGCAUGAACCCCAAAGCCAUCACGGCGCCUCAGAUGUUUGGCCGUCUGGAUGCUGCCACUAACGACUGGACCGAUGGCAUUUUCUCUACACUCUGGAGGAAAACUCUGAAAGCCAAGAAAGGUGAGAACAUAUGGAUCGUACUCGAUGGGCCAGUAGAUGCCAUUUGGAUUGAGAACCUAAACUCAGUAUUGGAUGACAAUAAAACUCUGACCCUUGCUAAUGGGGAUCGGAUCACCAUGUCUCCUUGUUGUAAGCUGGUGUUUGAAGUACACAACAUGGACAAUGCAUCUCCUGCUACAGUUUCCAGAGUGGGCAUGGUCUUUAUGAGCUCCUCUGCUCUCAGCUGGAGGCCCAUUCUGGAGGGAUGGGCCAACAAACGCAGUCCUCAGGAGGCUGAAGGUUUAAUGAAUUUAUAUGAUAAGAUAUUUGAAGACGCAUACACCUAUAUGAAGCAAAACCUUAAACCUAAAAUGGAAUUGCUGGAGUGUAACUACAUUAUGCAGUCAGUGAACCUGCUGGAGGGGCUGAUUCCCACUAAAGAGGCCGGAGGGCUAGUGAACAACAUGCAGCUGGAGCGACUCUUCGUCUUCUGUCUGAUGUGGAGCUUGGGAGCCCUGCUGGAGCUGGACUGCAGGGAUAAACUGGAGACAUUCAUACGGGGCCAUAAUAGCAACCUGGCCUUGCCAUCCACCCAGCCUGGAGAGACCAUUUUUGAGUACAGGGUCAGUCAGAAAGGUGACUGGGAGCAUUGGCGUAAAUAUGUGGUGGAGUAUGUUUACCCAACAGACUGUGUGCCAGACUACUCCUCUAUCCUCGUGCCCAAUGUGGAUAACACUAGAACCAGCUUUCUCAUGGAGACAAUUGCAAAACAACACAAGGCUGUUUUGCUUAUUGGUGAACAAGGAACUGCCAAGACAGUGAUGGUAAAGGGAUACGCAAAAAAAUAUGACCCUGAGACAGAUCUAUUCAAGUCAAUGAACUUUUCAUCUGCUACUGAACCAAUGAUGUUUCAGCGCACAGUGGAGAGCUACAUUGAGAAAAGAAUGGGCAGCACUUACGGUCCACCUGGAGGACGCAGAAUGACCGUAUUUAUUGAUGACAUCAAUAUGCCUGUUGUCAAUGAGUGGGGAGAUCAGAUCACAAAUGAGAUCGUGCGACAGAUGAUGGAGAUGUCUGGCAUGUACAGUUUGGACAAGCCUGGAGAUUUCACCGGCAUAGUGGAUGUUCAGAUGCUGGCUGCCAUGAUUCACCCCGGGGGUGGCAGGAACGAUAUUCCUCAAAGACUGAAGAGACAGUUUACUGUGUUCAACUGCACACUCCCUUCUAAUUCCUCUAUAGACAUGAUCUUUGGAAUCAUGGGAUGUGGAUAUUUUCAUGAAUGCAGAAACUUCAAGCCAGAGAUCUCUGAAAUGGUGAAUGUUCUUGUUUCUGCUGCUAGGGUCCUUUGGCAGCGGACGAAAAUCAAAAUGUUGCCUACCCCAUCGAAAUUCCAUUACUUCUUCAACUUGAGAGACCUGUCAAGGAUUUGGCAGGGUAUGCUGACUGUCAAAUCAGAGGAAUGUGAAGAUGUCCCAAUGCUACUGGCCCUGUUUAAGUCUGAAUGUACCAGGGUCAUAGCAGACAGGUUUGUGUGUUUUGAGGACAAGGCAUGGUUUGAGAAGGCAAUUGUUCAAGUGAUCCAGGAGAAUGUGGACCCUCGUGUGGCAUCACAGAUACAUUCUGAUCCCUACUUCGUGGAUUUCUUACGAGAAGCACCAGAGCCCACAGGAGAGGAAGCUGACGAUGCCUGUUUUGAUGCGCCUAAAAUUUAUGAACUGAUCCCGAGUUUCGAGUUCCUGUCAGAGAAACUUCAGUUCUAUCAAAGCCAGCACAAUGAGACAGUCCGAGGCUCCCAUUUGGACCUGGUCUUUUUCACUGAUGCCAUGACUCACCUUAUUAAGAUUUCCCGGAUCAUUCGGACGGACGGCGGGAGUGCUCUUCUUGUAGGAGUGGGGGGAUCAGGAAAACAGAGCCUCACCCGCCUUGCUUCCUUCAUAGCAGGAUACAGUAUUUUCCAAAUCACACUUACCAGGACCUACAACGUGUCAAAUUUGAUGGAUGAUCUGAAGCUACUAUUCAGAACUGCUGGAGCUGAUGGGAAAGGCAUUACAUUCAUCUUCACAGAUAACGAGAUAAAGGAUGAGGCCUUUUUAGAGUAUCUCAACAAUGUGCUGUCUUCAGGAGAGGUGUCUAAUCUGUUUGCUCGGGAUGAGUUGGACGAGAUCACUCAGAAUCUCAUCCCUGUGAUGAAAAAGGAGAUGCCCCGACAGCCACCAACCUUUGACAACCUGUAUGAGUACUUUAUCUCCCGUGCCAAAAAGAACCUACAUGUGGUCCUGUGUUUUUCCCCAGUGGGUGAGAAAUUCCGCACACGCUCUCUGAAGUUCCCCGGGCUGAUUUCAGGCUGCACUAUGGACUGGUUCACUCCUUGGCCGAAUGAAGCCCUGCGAGCUGUGGCUCAGUACUUCCUCUCUGAAUUCCACAUGGUCUGCUCUGCCAGUGUGAAGGCUGCUGUUGUCCAGACCAUGGCGGUGUACCAUGAUAAAGUGUCCUUUACCUGUGAGAGCUACUUUGAAAGGUAUAGGAGAAGAACACAUGUUACUCCUAAGUCUUACUUGUCCUUCAUAAAUGGAUACAAGAGCUUGUACACUGAAAAGUAUACCUACAUCAAUACUCUAGCUGAGCGCAUGAAUGUUGGUCUUUCCAAACUCAAGGAGGCUAGUGAAUCUGUGGCCCAGCUAUCCAAAGACCUGGUUGUGAAGGAGAAGGAGCUUGCAGUGGCUUCAAUCAAAGCUGAUAAGGUGCUGGCAGAGGUGACUGUUAGUGCUGAAGCUGCCUCCGUUGUCAAAAAUGAGGUCCAGGUUGUGAAGGACAAAGCUCUCAAGAUUGUGGAAGGGAUAGAAAAAGAAAAAGCUUUUGCCGAGGUCAAACUAGAAGCGGCUAAACCUGCCCUUGAGGAAGCUGAGUCAGCUUUGAAUACCAUCAAGCCUGCAGAUAUAGCAACGGUAAGGAAACUGGCCAAACCUCCUCACCUCAUAAUGAGGAUUAUGGAUUGCUGCCUACUGCUGUUUCAGAAGAGGCUGGACCAGAUCACUAUGGAUCCAGAGAGGCCUUGCCACAAGCCAUCCUGGGGAGAGGCCUUAAAGCUCAUGAGCGCAAGUGGAUUCAUGACCUCACUCCAGCAAUUUCCCAAAGACACUAUCACUGAGGAGGUGGUAGAGCUGCUUCAGCCAUACUUUGAAAUGGAGGACUACACUUUGGACAAUGCCAAGAAGGUUUGCGGAAACGUGGCUGGCCUGCUGUCUUGGACACAAGCUAUGGCCGUUUUCUUUGGUAUCAAUAAGGAGGUCCUGCCGCUCAAGGCUAACCUGCUUGUUCAAGAGGGCAGACUAACAAUUGCCAAUGAGGAGCUGGCCCAAGCUCAGGCUCAGCUGGAUGAAAAGCAGUCUGAGCUAGAUAAAGUGCAGGCCAAGUUUGAUGCUGCCAUGAAGGAGAAGCAGGAUUUGCUGGAUGAUGCAGAAAUGUGCAGAAAUAAAAUGCAGGCAGCCUCUGCUCUGAUUGAUGGGCUGAGUGGAGAGAAUGUUCGCUGGACUGAGCAAAGCAAAGAAUUCAAAGCACAGAUUAACAGGCUCGUUGGAGAUGUGCUGCAGCUCACAGGCUUCCUGUCUUACUGUGGGCCGUUUAACCAGAAUUUCCGUGACAUGCUGCUGAAGGACAUCUGGGAGAAAGAGCUCUGCAAAAAUAAAAUUCCCUAUACAGCGAACCUGAACCUCAUCUCUAUGCUGGUUGACCCACCCACAAUAAGUGAGUGGAACCUGCAAGGGCUUCCUGGGGAUGAUUUAUCCGUGCAGAAUGGCAUCAUAGUCACUAAGGCUGCUCGCUUUCCGCUCCUCAUCGAUCCCCAGACCCAGGGCAAGAGCUGGAUCAAACAGAAAGAGAAAGCUAAUGAGCUACAGGUGACAUCUCUUAAUCACAAAUUCUUCCGCAAUCAUUUGGAGGACAGUCUGUCCCUGGGUCGACCACUGCUCAUAGAGGAUGUCUAUGAGGAGCUGGAUCCUGCUCUGGACAAUGUUCUGGAAAAGAACUUCAUGAAGUCAGGCUCGUCUUACAAGGUCAAAGUUGGAGAUAAAGAGGUAGAUAUCAUGGAAGGCUUCCGACUUUACAUCACCACAAAACUGCCAAAUCCAGCGUACACCCCAGAGGUCAGUGCUAAGACCUCCAUCAUCGACUUCACUGUGACCAUGAAAGGUCUGGAGAACCAGUUACUAGGCAGAGUCAUCCUCACAGAGAAAUACGAACUGGAGGCAGAGAGACUGAAGCUCAUGGAGGAUGUUACAGCCAACAAAAGGAAGAUGAAGGAGCUGGAGGACAAUUUAUUGUACAAGCUCAGCACCACAAAAGGCUCACUGGUGGAUGACGAGUCCAUGAUUGGGAUCCUGAGUGUAACUAAACAGACGGCGGCAGAGGUCAGUCAGAAGCUGCAUGUGGCUGCAGAAACGGAGGUGAUGAUCAACACAGCUCAGGAGGAGUAUCGUCCAGCUGCCACCCGCGGCAGCAUCCUCUACUUCCUCAUCACUGAGAUGAGCAUGGUCAAUGUUAUGUACCAGACCUCACUGGCCCAGUUCCUAAAGAUCUUCGAUCUCUCCAUGGCAAGGUCAGAAAAAUCUCCUUUGACACAAAAGCGCAUUGAAAACAUUAUCGACUACUUAACCUAUGCAGUGUUCCGAUACACAGUCAGAGGGCUUUAUGAGAACCAUAAGUUCAUCUUCACUCUGUUACUGGCCCUUAAAAUUGAUCUCCAGAAAGGCAGGGUCAAGCACAAUGAGUUCCAAACACUCAUUAAAGGUGGUGCUGCUCUGGAUCUGAAGGCGUGCCAACCAAAACCUUUUCGCUGGAUUCUGGAUAUGACAUGGCUCAAUCUGGUCGAACUGAGCAAAUUGCCAGAAUUCUCUUCUAUCUUGAAGAAGGUUUCCUCUAAUGAGAAAGAGUGGAAGGUUUGGUUUGACAUGGAUGCUCCAGAAGAAGGCAUCAUUCCUGAUGGAUAUAAUGAUUCCCUGGGUGUCUUUCACAAGCUCCUCCUCAUUAGAUCAUGGUGUCCUGACCGCACCCUGUCCCAGGCCAGGAAGUAUGUCGGGGACUCAAUGGGUCUGAAGUUUGCAGAGCCAGUCAUCCUGAGCCUGGAGGCUACCUGGGAGGAGAGCGACACCCGCACUCCCCUCAUCUGCUUCCUGUCUAUGGGCUCUGAUCCAACCAAUCAGAUUGAGGCUCUGGCCAAAAAGCUAAAGCUAGAAUGUAGAGCCAUAUCCAUGGGACAGGGACAAGAGGUCCACGCUAGACGACUGAUACAGCUGUCCAUCGCACAGGGCGGCUGGGUCCUGCUGCAGAACUGCCAUUUGGGGCUGGAGUUCAUGGAUGAACUGCUGGAGACCGUCACCACAGUAGAGACCAUGCAUGACUCCUUCAGGGUGUGGAUCACCACAGAACCCCAUGAUCGCUUCUCCAUCACCCUGCUGCAGUCCUCCAUCAAGUUCACAAAUGACCCCCCACAGGGUGUUCGUGCUGGCUUGAAGCGCACCUUUGCAGGAAUCUCCCAAGACCAACUGGAAUUCACCAAUUUGCCCAUGUGGAAACCCAUGCUUUGUAAUGUGGCCUUUUUGCACACUGUUGUCCAGGAGAGACGCAAAUUUGGACCCUUGGGUUGGAACAUUCCUUACGAGUUCAACUCAGCUGACUUCACUGCAAGCGUCCAGUUUAUUCAAAACCAUCUGGAUGAAUGCAGUCCCAAAAGAGGGGUGUCCUGGGUUACUGUGCGGUAUAUGCUUGGAGAGGUGCAGUAUGGAGGCAGAGUUACAGAUGACUAUGAUAAGCGACUCCUCAAUUGUUUUGCGAGGGUGUGGUUUAAUGACAAGAUCUUUGACCCAGAAUUUGGUUUCUACACUGGUUAUAAAAUUCCAGUAUGUAAAACAGUUGAGCAGUACAUGGAGCAUAUACAGAAACUUCCAGCUGUGGACACACCGCAGGUUUUUGGUCUGCAUCCCAACGCUGACAUCACGUAUCAAACCAACACCUCUGCUGAGGUGCUGGACACCAUAACAAACAUCCAGCCAAAGGAAAGUGGUGGAGGAGCUGGUGAGACUCGUGAGUCUAUAGUCUACAAACUGGCUGAGGAUAUGUUGGAAAAGUUACCCCCCAACUAUGUGCCCCAUGAGGUGAGAGCCAGACUAAUGAAGAUGGGAGCCUUGAACUCUAUGAACAUUUUCCUGCGCCAAGAGAUUGACCGCAUGCAGAGGAUUAUUGGGGUAGUGCGCACCAGCCUGAGUGACCUAAAGCUUGCCAUUGAAGGCACCAUUAUUAUGAGUGAGAAUCUUAGGGAUGCCCUUGACAACAUGUUUGAUGCCCGUGUUCCAAACCUGUGGAAGAAACUGUCUUGGGAGUCAUCCACUUUGGGCUUUUGGUUCACUGAGCUGCUAGAGAGGAACAGCCAAUUCCACAGCUGGGUGUUUGAGGGGAGGCCAAAAGCUUUCUGGAUGACUGGCUUCUUUAAUCCUCAGGGUUUCCUGACAGCCAUGAGGCAGGAAGUGACAAGGGCAAAUAAAGGCUGGGCUCUAGACACAGUCACUCUGCAUAAUGAGGUACUGAAGCAGUCCAAGGAGGAGAUCACCACUGCACCAGCGGAAGGGGUGUAUGUUUACGGGUUGUACCUGGACGGGGCUGGAUGGGAUCGGAGAAACUGUCGCCUCAUUGAGUCAACCCCCAAAGUGCUUUUCACCCCUUUGCCAGUGGUGCACAUGUUCGCCAUCAACUCCACUGCUCCCAAAGACCCCAAACUCUACAUCUGCCCAAUCUACAAGAAACCACGGCGCACAGAUCUGACCUACAUUACGGCUAUAGUUCUACGCACAGUACAGCCUCCUGAUCACUGGAUCCUGAGGGGAGUCGCUCUCCUCUGCGAUAUCAAGUGAA